UCUCUCUAUAGAGGAGGAAAAAAAACAUCUCUCUUUCAUGGCCAAUGUAAAAGGGAAAACCCUGUCAACCAGACAUGUCUCUCAGAGAAGAGCAGCAGAAAUACUUUGACACUGAAAGUGCAGCAUACACUGGAAUGGAGGGUCAGUCGAGGUCCUCUAAUAAGUAUCUGCUGCUGCAGGUGUGGUGUGGCAUCCUCACUGUGGCCAUGGUGGUCAUGGCUGCACUUUUGAUUUCAAUCAAACCAAAGUCAACUGAGGGAGAAGUCUCUACACUGAAGCCAGAAACCGUCAAACCAACAGGUCUAAUAGCUCCCUAUAAAGGAUCCUCUUUCUCACACAUCCAGCUACAAAAGUCUAUGGACAAUCACUGGCAAGUCACACUACCAAGAUGUCUCUCCUGCUCCCUCGUCCUGCUGAACGACUCCAUCCACUGCAAUGACAGCGGCCUCUACUUUAUCUACGCCCAGGUCACCUUCAACAAGCCUAAGGAAAGUCAAACCAAAUUAGUGACUUUGAAAAGAAAUGCCACCCUUGGCAGAAAACAGAAGACACUGGUUGAGGGGACCUUCCCAAACACAACAGAGGGCACCGUGUGGGUGGCCAAGACUGUCAGCCUUACAGCGGGAGACAGUGUCAGCUUAAAUAUCAAAGGGGAUUUUCUAAAAGAUAGCACAUUGACAUUCUGGGGUGCCUAUCAGCUUCAUUAGCACUGCAGUUUUCCAGGAAUUUGUUACUAUGAAAGAGAGAAUAAUUUGGGGUUGGACUGCUAUGUUAUAAGUAGGCCUAUACUAAUAUGUUCAAACAUGUGCGGUUGGUUCAUCACCUAAAAUUACUUCCAUUACUUUGUGCCCGAUAUUUAAUUCAGCAAAUUUAAUGCCAAGCAAUACUCAAAAUCACAGAAAUUCAGUGACAUUUAACAAUACUGAAUCUUAUUUUUUUGGGUAUAGUGAAUCAUGGAACACUAAAAUGCUAAAAGCUCCAUCAGGGUGGGUGAGGACAGUCAGACAUUUUACUGACCAAAACCUUAUAAUAAAAGGUCACAUCUUCACAUCCUAUUGACCGUUGGACAAACCUAACUUUGCAAAACAGCAUACUGCAUCAGUUCAAUCUUAGCAAAGUCUCUACAUUUAAGUAUGCCAGCUGGUUCUGACUCUUGAAAUUGUGUGGCGUACGGUGGUCUCGUAAAAUUUGAAAUGAACUGCAUCUUAAAUUAAAUGUACUGUUGAACUGUAACUGUGGCAUAAAUGUGUUUGUUUUCAAUGCUAUGUUCUUGUGUAAUUUAUGAUAUUGAAAAUUAUAUUGCUGUGGUUUGAUUUCAAGGAGGGAAAAUAAAAGAAAGAAUAACAACAACUAUUACAGUAUUUGAAAGCCAUUGGGUUCAUUUCUUGCCUUUUAUGUGUACUGUCAGCUGCCAGCUGACCACACGGUGGUGCCAACUUCCCCUGAAUAAGAGGCGACAAGAAAUACUGCAUGUACUGUGUAUCAAAUCUGUCAUACACUUACCUAUA